AUGGCGAGUUCGGCUUGGGAUAGUUAUAUUGAUACCAUCAUCAAAUACAAUGGCGCCGAUUGUGCUUGCCUUGCUAGCUUAGAUGGUAAUAUUUGGGCUUCUUCCCCCGAACUAAAGCCAACCGCAGAUGAAAUUAAGACUAUUGUUAACAAUGCUGCAAACCGUUGUCACGACUCCGUAACUAUCAAUGGUAAGAAACUCAUCACUCUUAUGGCUGGAGAUGGUGAGCUUCGUGCUGCUGGUAGUGAAUAUGCCAUUGAUUGCCGAAUACUUAAGACUAUGGUCAUUAUUACUGGCAAUUCAAAACCCAAGGAUUGUCCUGGUGUUAACCGUCUACUUGCACAAGCUGGAUGUGACAUGGCCUCUUACCUCGGCCCGUUCGAUCCUCUUUGUGCUGGAAUCGUAACAGAAGGUAAAAAAGUGGGAAAGUAUUUCUGGCGUUAA